UGUUGCUGCGUAAUGAUUGAUGCUUUGGUCUUCAGUCUCAUUCGGAAAACCUCCUGCAAAUUACAGCAGCCAGGCCUCGGCUCCACGGGAAGGAGCCUGAGAAUUCCAGGGUUGUUUUUUUUUAUUCCUGGAGAUUGGGGAGGAGGAACCUCGAUUUGCGAGUUGGAAACACCGGGCAAUUAUUGUUUCUUACCCUCACGCACCCUCUUCCCCCCCUUCCCCACCCCAGACCACAAAAUGGAACAUAUAGGGGGGCAAGUUGCACACCCCCAACACGAACCUAUCAGUUUCGGAAUAGACCAGAUCUUGAACAAUCCGGAUCAAGGGAGCUGCAUGAUCCCGAAUUCCCGGCUGCAGGAUAUGGACUAUAGCCUGGGCUGUAUGGUGAGUGGGAAUUACAGCAACAUGAAUUACACCGUGAAUUACAACAGCAACGGCAGCGGAGGCGGCUAUAAUAACGCGUGCAGCUUGGCGCCACUGACGGGCCCGUACGGGGUUAACCUGGGCAUGAACAACAGCAGUUUAAACCCGGCGGGAGUCAUCAGGGUGCCGGCCCAUCGGCCCGUCAGCACUGGGGUGCACCAACCCCUGUCCACUGGAGUGACGACCGCCCCCAGCUCCAACAACAACCUGACAAACCUGACAUUCCCCUGGAUGGAAAGUAACAGAAGGUACACCAAGGAUAGAUUCACAGUGGCCCUGUCGCCUUUCACCGUGACCCGACGGAUAGGGCACCCUUAUCAAAACAGAACUCCACCGAAAAAGAAGAAGCCCCGUACUUCCUUUACCCGACUACAGAUCUGCGAGUUGGAGAAACGGUUUCACCGCCAGAAAUACCUGGCCUCAGCCGAGAGAGCAGCGUUGGCCAAAGCUUUGAAAAUGACCGACGCUCAAGUCAAAACGUGGUUUCAGAACCGGCGGACCAAGUGGAGGCGACAGACAGCAGAGGAGAGAGAAGCGGAGCGCCAGCAAGCGAACCGAAUCCUGAUGCAACUGCAGCAAGAAGCUUUCCAAAAAUCCCUGAACCAGCCCAUUCAGCCUGACCCCAUCUGCCUGCACAACUCCUCGCUGUACGCCCUGCAGAACCUGCAGCCCUGGUCGGAUGAGACGUCUAAGAUUGCCUCGGUUACUUCCGUGGCCUCUGCCUGCGAGUAACAAAUAGAUUCAAUCAUGUAACUGGGGUUUUUACAAAGACAGAGGCCUCCGGAUUCAUGUUGUUGUCCUUGCAGUGGCACAGACCCGGCGCUGGAAGGCAGUAACUCUCUGGUCAAACUGGACUGGUUGCAGGUCCCGGAAGAGCCCAGAUUCCUGCUCCCCAGCCUCUCUCUUCGCUCCCUCCCGGGACACUGGAUUGGGAUCCCCAUUCCUGCCGGGGCAGAUUAAAAAGCCAACUCGGCAGCUCGUGAAUUCCACCUCUCUCCUGCCAUCAGGCCAAGCUGCAAAGGAAGUGAGUGCUUCUAAAGCAGGCCAGCUCAGCAACACAUAGACACCUACAGAGACAUCAAACAACAGCUCAUAUUCCAACAGAGGGACGGGUACCGACAGAGACUCAGAUAAAGUCAGUCAGGGGGACGGAUACUUAUAGAGAUACAAAAUAGACAUAAACAGAAAUAGAGGGACAGAUGCCUAUACUGUAUAGACACAGAGACAGUUAGGGGGAAUAGAUACCUAUAGAGACAGAAACAGAGGGACAGAUGCCUAUAGAGACAGAGACAGUCAGGGGGACAGAUACCUAUAGAGACAGAGACAGUCGGGGGACAGAUGUCGAUAGAGACACAGACAUGGACAAAGAGAGAAACACAGAUACUGACAAAAAGUGGUGGAGGCUGGUACAAUUACAACAUUUAAAAAGCAUCUGUGUGAGUAUAUGAAUAGGAAGGGUUUAGAG